AUGCGCAGCAUUCGAUUUCCGCUUUUCCUACCCUUGCUGCUGCUGGCAGUGUCGGGAUACGUCGAUCGUACGGUGGCUGAGCAGUCCAUCAUCACCAAACCCGAGGCGGACACCGACAACGCACCACUGUUGGCCGGGAAACCCGUCCGGCUCGGGAAAGCCGGCAAAAAGGCGACCCCCAUCACGUACAUUAAGACACUCGCUUCCACCGAUAGUGCCUCCAACGAGCUGGAUCUGCUUGAGGCGAACGGUCACCAAAGGAAUGGGAAUCGUUUCGCGCCAAAAUCCCUCGACGUGAGCUCACGGAAGGACCUUAGCAAUGCGGAGCUUUUUGGAAAACUCGGCCUCGGUAAGAUCAGGCCCGCUACAAAUCAUCACAAAAAACGGCUAGCUGAGGAAUCGCGUCAUUAUGGCCGCCCGGACGACUCGCAUAUGUACGUCAUCAAACUACCCCCGAACCCGUACUAUUACACGCACAACGCCCCGCAGAACAGCAUCUCAUCGGACGUUGGCAAACAGGUGCCCGUUGGGUUCAAGUCGAACGGAAAACCGGCUCGCAUCUACCACUGGAACAUCCCGGUGCUGAAGAAGAUGCUGGGAGCGAAGCAGAGCCGUCAUCCGAACUCGCGCCGCCAUGACGACAUCGAUGAACUGAUCGACAUUAAGGAGAUUCCAACCUGGAGCAAACCCUGGGAAGGUGCACCUCGCGAGAAAUCCCUGCUAAAGGCUGCCACGCGUGACGAAAAGCUCGCAGGUGAGGAGUCGCACCAGAGCAAACGCAAGUUCCCGACGUACUACGCACCGGCCAAACGGCAGACAGGUGGUGGCAAGUCGAAGAAGCACGCCAGUGGCAAGUACAGCACAGGGAGCAACGGAAAACCGCAGAGUUUCUACAUCCUGGGUGAUAAGGCUGGUCGGACGAAGAUCGUAAGCCACCCACUGGACGUGUAG